CCUGCAAGAAGCCCAAUUGCACCAUUAUUCUGCUUUCUUUGAUAUAGAAAUCGACAAGGUCAUUUGUCAGCUAUAAUUCGACAAUACCUGACACUUGAAAGUAGACAUUCCGCCAUGCCUACCCUGCCCUCGUUCAUGCGCUCUUUUGGUCGCUCAAGCCCAACCCCCCAAGAACCCACCGCCCGAACCCCAGUCUACUUCCUCGGCAUCGGAGGGCCCAGCUUCAUCGAAUCCACCACGCACCCCGCCUACACCAAGCUGUCCGAAAUCGGCCAGGAAAUCACCAAGAAAGUCAAACCGAAAGCCGUCCUGGUCCUGUCCGCUCACUGGCAAGAAGGCCCCGGAAAGCUCCAGAUCAACGCUGCCGAAGAUGCAGAUAUCAUCUACGACUUCUACGGGUUUCCGGACCAUUUUUAUGAGUACGACUACCCGAACACGGGGAGCCGCGAACUCGCCGAGGAUGUCGUGCAGAGGCUUAAAGGUGCGGGUAUCGAGGUCGAGAAGGUGAGGAGAGGGCUCGAUCAUGGUGUUUGGGCGGGCUUCAUGGCUGCAUUUGAUCCGAAGAAGAAUCCACUCAAGGUGCCCAUCGUGCAGUUGUCGCUUUUCGACAACGAGGACGUGGAUCAGCACUAUCGGUUAGGCGAGGCUUUGAAAGGGUUCAGAGACGAAGGUAUCCUGAUUGUUGGCGCUGGGUUGGCGGUGCAUAACUUGCGCGAUAUACGAGUUACGAGAGCGACUGGGAAGACGAUGCCAUACACUCCUACUUUCGACGAAGCGUUGAAGGAUGCUGCAACCGCAGCACCAGAAGAGCGCAGGACGAAGAUGGCUGAGUUGAUCAAGCGCGAUGAUGCUAGACAGGCGCAUCCGACGAUAGAACAUCUGCUUCCUAUAUACGUCGCAGCUGGCGCUGCAGGCGAAGAUCUUGGGGAGCAGAUUUGGACGCUUCACGAGGGAAGCAUGAGUUGGGCGCAGUAUAGAUUUGGGAGUGUAGGGAAGGCUGGAGUGAGUAAACUGGCAUAGUUGUACAUGAGCAUUGGUUAGAUAAUAGAAGGCAUCUCUGCCUGUACUUCGAC